AUGUCAAGCAAAUGGAUAGAAACAACGAAUGGAAAUCGUAUCUCCAAAAGUGCUAAUAUUAAAGGAUCCCGAAGAAUACUCAUCUCUGGGAUGUGUUUAGUAUCUGAGGGAUGUAUGCUGGAUGGUGAAGUAAUAGUAAGUAAUGAUGAUUCGUACACAAUUUCGAUGGGCAUGUUCUGUGUGAUGCAUAGGAAUUGUGUGAUACGGCCCCCAAAAAUCAAUCACCUCAUGAGGAAAGAUUCUCGUGAAAAGGCUGCUCUGCAUACCCCUUUGUUAAUGGGCUCCUUCAUCUUGAUCAAAGAAGGCGCACAUAUCUCUAGUUGCAAAUUAGGAAGGAGAAUAAUAAUAGGGGAAAAUGCUAAACUUUUACCUCGUCGCACGCUUGAAGAUUCCAUCAUUAUCGAUGAUGGCGUUACGGUACCUGAAAAUAUUCAUAUUCCCUCUUACACAAGAGUUAGGCAGCACCCUCAGUGGUCAAAGUCUAUUUCAUUGGAGCCAUUAAGCGCUAGUAUUCGCACUCUCAUCGAAAGCUGGUGCAAGCAAGAAUAUCUUGGCAUCAACAUCAAUAUUUCAGAUGAACUGCCUUGA